CGGUCAUUUGGUUGUUGUCCGCGCGUACGUGAAUCAUGCGCGCUGAUUAAGCGUACACGGCGCUGGUCUAUAGGUGUUCUGUGGCUAGGUCGAGGCGAAACGAAACGGGAGCUGCUGCAUCCGGCUACACGCUACAACAGCGGCUCAUCGCGAAUGUGUCGCCGCUGCGAACGGCAGGCGGAGCACAGGAACGCAUUCGCUGCUGCUACGCUGCCUCUCGACGCAUCGACAGCGGCGUUGGGUGUGUGCGUGCGUAGCAUCGGGGAGCUCGUAGUAAUCGGCUGCCAAAGUGGCGGGAGGAGUUCGCCGCGGGCAACUUGAAGAAAAAAAAGCAAGAGGGAGAGACCAGCAUGGCCAUGGCAACUCCGUCGUUCGGAGCAUGGCGGCCACCGUCUACCGCAUUCGUCGGGCAGUGCCCGCCAAGCUAGCGACCAGCUGACGGCCGAAACCGAAAUUCUUCAUCGCUACUGCGAUCAACUGCGGUAAGAGAGGAAGAGAGCGAGAGAAAUAGGUUAGGCCUAGUUGGAGAUCGCCGCUCGUUCGGGUAGCUGCGGUUCUGUGCGAAUUCAAGCCCGGCGUGUUUCCAGGAGUGAGCAAGAGGUGUUGUGUGGCGUUGUCGCUUCAGCGUGUUGCGCGAAAAAGAACGGAAAAAGUGGAAACACCUGAAAGGAGAGACGAAGUGAUCAGCAGCUCCGAUCGGCUACUACGAUCGCGCUGUGCGUGGGGUGUGCUCGUGUGAACGUGAGACUGUAAGCUGUGCGUGUGUAUGUCCGCUCCGCUACGGGUGCACGUACGUGCGUGUUUGUGGCGAAACUCGAGCGAAGUGUUCGUUUGCUGCUUCACCGGCAGGCGGUGGUGAUAUUUGGGACUUGGGGGGUGAACCUCGAACCUCCCUGAAGUUCUCCGGGUGCCUCGACGCAACGCUUUCCUUUGCAGGCGUGUUUCUUGGUGUUAAUUUGGAAAAAUGAAGCGAUUAGCUGGAAAAAGGACGUUGGGAAAGAUCAUCAUGCCAGAGCCCAACCAGAACCUUCAACAAAGAGUCACCCCUCCACGUAACCUGGACUCCCACGCGAGGCUCGUUGUGGAGGGCCAGGAAAUCGAGGUCUCCACGGACGACCUCCAGGUCAUCGAGGAGCUCGGGCGAGGCGCCUACGGGGUCGUUGAGAAAAUGGUCCAUGUACCUAGUGGUACUAUCAUGGCUGUAAAGAGGAUAACUUUCACAGAGUGCAACCAGGAGCAGAAGCGCCUGCUGAUGGACCUCGACGUCUCCAUGCGCACCAGUGACUACCCCAACACAGUACAGUUCUACGGGGCGCUGUUUCGAGAGGGUGAUGUAUGGAUCUGUAUGGAGGUGAUGGACGUGUCACUGGACAAGUUCUACCACAAGGUGUUCAGCAAAGGAAAGACCAUCCCAGAGAGCAUUCUGGGGACUAUUGCCUUUUCGGUGGUGAGUGCCCUGCACUACCUCCAGAGCCAACUGCACGUGAUCCACCGGGACGUGAAACCGUCCAAUAUCCUGCUGAACCGGCGUGGAGAGGUGAAGAUGUGCGAUUUCGGCAUUUCCGGCUACCUGGUCGACUCGGUGGCCAAGACGGUCAACGCCGGCUGCAAGCCAUACAUGGCCCCCGAACGGAUCAACCCAGAGCGCUCGGACAUGGGCUAUGACGUCAAGUCCGACGUUUGGAGCUUGGGCAUUACCAUGAUCGAACUGUCCAUAGGCAAGUUCCCGUAUCCCACCUUCCGAACCCCGUUUGAGCAGCUGAAGCAUGUGGUCGAAGACGACCCUCCUAGACUGCCGACUGGACAGUUCUCGCCAGAAUACGAAGAUUUCAUUGAUGCCUGCCUACAAAAGCACCCGACGAAGAGGCCGACUUAUCCGCAGCUGCUCAACAUGCCGUUUCUUCAGCAUCACUCUCAAGGCUCAGAGGAGAUCUCCGAAUUCAUUGCCGCUAUUCUCGACGGCACCGAGGUCAAGAAAGAGUCCUCGCCAUCCGAAGAGCCAUAGCCGCACUGCUCCUAGCCAAUUGGGGAGGCUCGGCUACCGCUUAACUUCAGCUGCUGGGUGCCCAUGCUGAAACCGGCUGUUCACCCAGGUCUCUCUCGUAACCCAGGUUGUCGUUGCAUGCCGGCAGUCCCAGCAGAUCUCGCCAAAGCUUAUCACGACGAGUCGCUGGGCUCGCCAGUGUCCAGCAAGGAGUUGUCCUCAAGUUUAGCAAGUCUGAAACCUCGAAAGGAAGCCUGCCACUGCUGCGAAAAACGGCGAGUCUCAUGGGCUUUUGGCAGCCUUUGGCAUCUCUCAGCAUCACUUGCAGUCUCGAUGUGCCCAAACUCCAUGUGCCUGGGGCACGGCGCAACGUUCCUGUUGCACUAUACGAUGUGUCAUCGUGAAAAUUGGCUUUCAGAUGUCCAAGUACUCUCAUCUCCGAGACAAAUCGCCCUUCUUCAGUGAUGUAACAGGACCGAGUUGUGACCGUGUGCAAUCACCUUACACUGCUCUCUUUUUGGGGGUGCAUCUUAAUUUACCAAGACACACCGGACAAGCUCCUGCAAAGAACAGUGACCAGUGAAUCACGGUCAGUCAAGAGGGACCGUAAAAUGCCAAUGUGCCGAAUCGAACCAAACUACUGUACAGAAGACGGUACCGCGCUUCCAGUGGAGUGUAGCUGGUUUUUGGUGCAGCGUCGACGGUGGCCCGAACGAUAGUGCCGAAAGCAAUUUUUUGCUAGGCAUAAAAAGUGGCUUGUAGUCAAAGAUAGAAGUCUGCCUCGCUAAUUAAGCGAGAAAGAUGUGUGAGCCUAGAAUGGAGCUAAACUUUCGUGUGCGCAUCCGCAACAGUGCAUCGUACCAGUGAAGUUUCACUCAUGGCCUAACGCAGUUCAAAUACUGUUGGCCUAUGGUCUCGUGUACCUUAACAGACCUUUGAAGCAUGUCUCGUUUUUGCACUUGUUUUCUGUUCUCCUGCUCAUGUUCUUCUCUGUCAACAUUUUUUUUUUGUAGGAGAGGAAAAAGACUAUUUAGUGAACCUCAUCUCAUCCGGUGAAGGAUCGAAGUUGUAGCUUAGUAGAUCUGAGAGAAAUUGUGUGUACCUUCUGCGAGUUAUAAGUGUGGACAGACCGUUUCAUGCGGCUCGAAAGCCACGUGAAGCAGAAGAACCGUGCCCCGUCCAUAACUUGGUACGUACUCACCUAAGUGCAGAGCGAGUCUGCAAUUAUUCUUUCACUUGGAAACCUGUCAAUGCAGUGGAUGCCAAUAUUACAUGAAUUUGCCUUGAAGCGUCGCACAGUAGUGCUGUGCUUUAUGAGUCAUUGUGCAGCUUUCCUUCGACUCUGCACUGCGCUGGCGUCAUGGAUUCUUGCUUAGCUUUCGUCAUGCGUGUAGCGAUGAAUGUAGCACGUACAAGGUUCUGAAGUGCCUCUGCUGGAAAAAAUGAAAGCACUAAUCGUGCCAACAGGAACGGUGCAAAUGCCGUUUUCCUACGAUGGCAAGCCUAAUGGUGAUGGCCAUUAAGGUGUCCAGUAACGUAACUAAUCUGGUCUGAAAUGCUAAGCGUAAUCGCUUAUUGCGGCUCGCCAUAAUGCAUGCAUUUUUUUGAUGGUGCCAGUAAUCAUUGACAAUAAUGAAAGUUGUAUUUUGGGAAGUGUUUUGUUCGUUAUAUAUCAAAACAGUGAACAAGAGUUGACACAGGCAAAAUUGCGAUAGAAGCUACAGUGCAAUUAUUUACUAAUGCGAUGCAACGCUAAGGAAUUGUUGUUCAGAAUACGUGCUGUAAAUUUCCCGAAGUUGCUGGGUAAAAAAAUGAUGGAGUGAAAAGAUUGCCUUUAUAUGUAUGUAUUAUCGCUAGGCUUAAUGUAUAUCAUUUUGUUUUUUGCAGUAUUUGUUCAGGAAAUAACAUCAUAUUUCUGCCUCAGUGACGAGAUUGUUAACAAGGUGCUUUGCCCAGGCCUAGUUUUAGGUACACCGAUAGCUCUGAUAUUUUGAUAAGUGCUGACAGAUGUAAAAAAAAGAUUGCCUUUCUAGAGGAGCGGAUUUGAAGAUAUAUUCGUCAGAGGUUUAACACUUUGUUGUUGAAUCACAGUUUGAGUGUAGUACAAAGAAAAAGUUUUUCACUGUAACUGAUGCCAUGUUUAAUUCGAAGUUUUCUGUUUCUCUUUUAAAUGGAAUACUCAUUGAACUUGAAAGCAUGAUCAACUAUAUUAUAAAACUGUGUCUAGAAAUGCAUUAUAUUCCUGUUUUUAAUGUCGAGGAAUGCUUACGGUGAUUUUUGGUCGGUGUCAAUGAAAAUUUCACCGAUGACUAGGCUUAAUGUACCGCCCGGUGUCUGGUGUAUGAACGACUGCGUUUGAAGAUUGUUCUCACUUUUGCAGAGCACUUUUUAUGGCAGGUGAAAUUGAGCUCGCCUUCAUCUCUCGGCAGCAAAAUUAACCCAUGUGUGACUUUCGGGAGCUUACCAUGUGCGUGCUGCUUCCGAUAGAUGUCUGCUUUUCAGCCUCUUCAAAAGUGCCUGUAUAUUUACAAUCUUUUUUUUUUCUUUUGCUGCUUGUUCAGGAGUUGUUUUUAAUAAGGAAAUACUUCUAGUGACUUCCACCAUUGACUUGCUUUAUGGCAAUAAAGCAUCAAAGUCAUACUUGUUAGAAAA